AUGAAGCGUAAUCGAUAUUUCGUGGACUUGAAUGAAGUCGCAAAGCCAAAGCGACGUAAAACUGAUCAGGACGAAGUACUCAAUGUAAUUUUUCGUUUUACACACAAGACUCCGAGUUAUCGGCAGGAUAAAAUUUUAUGCGAGAUAUUAAUGAACCAAUUUGCCGCCUUCGUUGCAACGCUCCACGCAAUUCAGGAGUCUAAUCGUUACUGUGGUUGGGUACACCCUCUCGUGGAUGACCGGAUCGUUCCAGCUGGAGUCUUUACUGUUCAUGAAGUGAAUGUGUUGCAAGACAUUUGUCGCCGUUUGAAGGAUCAGGGGGAUGACGUAAUCCACAAACGAGGGGAUAUUUGGUACGAUCCGUGGCUUCCAGCGUACGGCUGUGUACUGCAACGAACAAAGAUAAAUGCAGCAGUGAUCAAAUUGCACGUGAUAUUUGUAGACGGAUGGGACCGAACGCUGCAUUUUUUGCCGACAGGGACGUGCGUGCAUAGUGCAGUUUCCAAGACGUACCACAAAAUACAUUGUGCAGAUUUGGAUUCGGCUUUAGAGGAGAGAUUCGGGAGAAAAUUUACGAUGAAGCUAGAAAAAGCUCAAUUGAGCAAAGGAUCGAAGCGGUCUGCGGCGUUUAAUAAUCUGGGACAUCAAAAGACACCGCAAUUUAUUGUUGCAGUCGUGCGCCGUGCAAUUGCUGCAAUGAUGCGCCGUGCUGUUGCGAAAACGUCCGACGAAGAGGACGAUGAAGAGGACGACGAAGAGGACGACGAAGAGAACGACGAAGAAAGUGUUGAUAACGAACGAUUUUCUCCUCAAGGAGGAACUACGGAUGUGGGGCAGCACACGGGAGGAGGACCACGUGACACGUGCUGGCCAAUCGUUCAGGCGGUGAUUGCUGAUAACCUUUGCUGUAACGAAGGGCUUUUUCGAAAGACGAUGGUGAUGUACCAGCUGAGUUUGCUUCAAGCGGCUGUGCUCGAGACGCAGAGUAGUUUUGAUCGCGGGAUUUGUACUCGAGACGGUUGUGUCGCGGUGGAUGAUCUCUUUUUCAUGCUACAAGUCGUUAUUGAGACCACUGUUAAUCUUCUCGAUUGCGGAUACGACAUCUCAGCUUUACUGGAUCGGUACAGUAAUCUGCGAGCUAGAAUUGAUGAAUUUGUGGACUUUCUGAACCGCAAGAUUGCGAUAUGCUAUCAGCUGCCAGAUCGUGCCAAAAUGCAACAGCUUCAUACACUUGAUUGCGGCAUUCAAGCUGACUCACCAAAACGUGACAAAGUUUUGAGCCCCGAAGCGAGCGAGGAGGAGCGUCACCUCCGUGCAUUAACAAAUCUGGAAGGCUGCUGGCAUCUUGAUGUGGUUACGUGCAGUCUGAAUGCGUUGCUGUGCUGGGAAAAGUCUAGCGACGCUUUGAAAUCAUGCAAGUAUAUUCUGGUAUUGCGGACGUUUGAAUCAUUCAUGUUCGCGAGAUCUGUCAAACUAAGCACAGAAGAUGAGCACCCAUUCUUCGACAAUGAUGAGGAUUUCAUUGAGAGUACUAAGUUGCUUGUUACAGUAUACCAGGAUCAUAUUCGUGAGUGGCGCCAGCUUCCACACUUAACAUCAUUUUUGGAUGUAGAACAGCGCAGCCGAGAGAUGUUGGUGAUGUGGAUUGCAUUUUGUCUCGUUCAUCAGAAAUGCGUGAGGCAAGUGCCUUUAUGCGCUGAGUACAAUAUUGCUCUUGAUUGGCAGGACCUGAAAGUAGCUGUCCUAAGUGACCGUGUUGCCAUAAGUGCUCUCCAGCAUGUGAGCAAGUACAUUCGUGGGUGGAACCAGAAAACUGGAGGUCUUCAACUAUUCCACCUGACCAACCAGGAUCCGACGUUUGGUUUCGGACGAAAGUUUGCUUUGAGCAGCAGCAGCAUGAUGGACAUUUACAACCGUGACAUUGCAAGCUGGGAAUCGCAUGUGGAGAGGAAGUGGGAAGAGAUUAAACAAAAGAAAAGAAGAGUCGCUGAGAUCCGCACUCAACUUUCUACUCUUGCGGAUGAGUUACAAUCGAAACAUCACGAACUUGCGGACGAAAAUGCUCGUCUACAUGAAGAAUAUACAGAUCAACUCAAAAGCCCCGAAAAAUUAAAGUUAAAAGCUGGCAUCGUUAGCAUCAACUCGCGGAUCAAGCGAGCGAAAGCAUUGCUGAGACAGGAACUUGCUGUUCCUUCACCUCUGGUUCGACCGCUGCCAUUGGUGAAAGAUGAUGCUAUUCAGAUCAUAUUCAUGCUGACCAUGCCUCGAAAUCUUGAGCUUCUCGGAAGCUUGUGUCUAACUGCUCAACGAGCUCUUGCACCAACGGAACCGAUGGCUAGAAUGAAGAUGUUAUCAGGUUUGAGCAACACCACAUGGAAGGCAUUUUACUACCAGGAGGCACCAUCUCGAGUACUAUGUGCAACAACGACGGAGUUCACAGCAACCCCUGGCGCGGUCUUCCUUCCAGGGUGCAACCGGCCACAAACCGUGGACAGUCUUUUUGACAUUUCCCAGUUCAAGUCACAGUGCGUUUCAAAUCCAAUUCUGUACAAAACGAGACUAACGUGGGAAGACUCAGCUGGGGUAGUUUUGAAUCCUUUCCUUGCAACUCCAGCGUGUGUGAUCGACAGCUUCAUUGAAGAAAUCCCACAACCAUUUAAAUCUCUUCAGUGGAUGAAUUCUUGGCCCGGUCAAAAGGAUACACGAGGAAACUUGGUCUACGCAAAUAUUCACCAGAAACCUGACAAUUUUGAGAAAGCGUCAUUUAUUGCUCUUGGUUCCUUGCGUUCCUUUCCAAACCAACAGUUUCGAAAGCUGCAAUGUGCCUUACUGAACGACAUAUUCCCGUGGUCACAUACUUGUGUGAAAAUCAUCGUGCGGCAGGCACUUUAUCAAAUCGGAAAUCUUACGGACGAGAAGGAGCCUAGUUUCAGCUGGAAGGCUGAUAUGCUGAGCGGUGAGAAGGGCUUGGAAACUUUUUGUGCUACACUUGGUGCCAUUGCCAAUCAACUAGAGCAAACACCACGCCGCUUUAAGGCUAUUCCACUUCUUAGUGAACUGGCUGGGUAUCUGCAUCAGUUCACAGACGUUGCAAAGCCUAUUGUGAAAUUGUAUUCUAGAAUAGCGAGGCGCUGGGCAGAAAAUUCGCCUGCUGAAGAUGAGAGCGAACAAUCUCCUGACCGAAUUACCACUUUCCGUCAGAAGAAGUGCAUUUUGUAUGGCUACGCGCUGCUAGCCUAUUCAUUAGGACCACUAGACGAUGCAGCAUGUCAGGAAGUGUGCGAGUUGAUCGUGUUAUUCCGCACUUCUGUCCUCUGUGCUGCUAUCAUAGCCCCCUCCACUGAGUCCAUGCUUUGCGUAGAUAGCAAGAUCACUGAAAUGAUGACUCGUCGUAUUGCAGAUCUGAUUGAGUACGUUAAGAAGAGCAAAGGGUCUGCGCUAACAACUUUGGUAAGUCUAGUAAGUCCGACGUCGCCUGGUCAGUUGGAGUGGAAGCAAACUUGUGAGCCACUACCUGAUGAAGAGAAAUUUGGAACCUGUUUCGAAUCCUCGGGAGCUCAGUAUGCUGUAAACCUCUUCACGGGCGUUGUUUUGACGGAUGGCAACGCUCCUGGUGGCCUACCGCCUAACAUUCGGGAACACAAGCGAUUUCAGGCCCUUUUCGGAUCCUGUAAUUUUGAAGUGUUUUUCGUGGGUGGCAUGUUCCAAGCUAAAUCUACGUACUGCGACCGAUUGUACGAGUUUGCGCUUCAAGAAAAUGAUGAACUUUUCGUCCAAGAGCUCGUCCUCAAUCCAUCGCGUAGUAUUGACAGUACACUACAGCUGUGCUCACUCAGCUGGAUUGAGAUGAUUAAUGAUAAAUUACCAGCUCGGCUGUGGGAAUUAUAUACUCAAUGGUACUGGGUAGAGCGCAAUUGUGUUCUCUUCCGACCCAUAGAAGCCAAUGAUCGGAAGGUUUUCUUCAUUGCUACAUUCGAUAAGCAGGGUGUUUUGCAAUGCUAUCAAGUGCCAUUGAGUGACAUGAGUUGCUCCUAUGAAAGGAUCUUAGAGCAGCGCAAGGACUACAACCGGUUUGUUCAGAGAAAAGAGAUAGUUCUGAGUGUCCUAAAUGUGCUGACAAAGUUUGAGGAUGCCCAAUUCCUUCAUCCACUGAAGUGUCCUGAUAAUGUUUUGAAGAUUGAGUUACCGCGCUUUAAAAUGGCUUUUUAUCUUAACGACAGCAUGCAGUUCGAGUCGGUAGAACACAAUGGAUAUGUCUUGGCAACGAAGCUGCAGUUUGAUAAUUUCCUGCCGAGAUUCAGGCGAUACCUGCUGCUUGAUCUGAAGGACAAGUCCGACACAUCGCGGUCAGAAGUUCGCAUGCUCGUUCCACUUGGUCCCGUCACGGAAUCUUCGGAUGGUAUGGUUGAUAUCAAAAUUCCUAGCGAGGCGAGUAGUCGAAUGGAUGUGGCAUGUUACGACUUUCACCGUCGUUUGAGGACGUUCGAAACAGAGACGAUUGGUGCAAGACUACAGCUUGCUGCAGUUUGUGCUCGAGCUGGAACGAAUGUACCGAGCAAGCUAUUGAAAAUGACUGGAGAGGAGAUGGCAGUACAAAUUUUACGAGCAUGUAGGUCGAGCCGACCAUUUUCUCCCUCGGAAAGAGACACUUUAGUGUCGAUCAACGAGUUGAGUUAUCGUGAACCAACGGUAAAAAUUAUGGUUGUUGCUUUGCUCGCUGAAGCUGACCGCCAAGCAUAUCUCAUUGGGCAAACGCAGAUAAUUAGCACAAUCAGUACAGCGAUGGGAAGUACUGACGAGCAAACAGAGUACGCAGAUAUGUGUGCGAAGCAAGUCCAGCGCAACCCUUUGCGUUCACAGUUUCGAAGCGACGAGGAAAAACUCAUUGUUGGGUACGUGAGGCACUCGUCAGUAUCUGGUUCAACCAAAGAAGUUGAAUUGUGCGACUCACCCCCAGUUGCCGACGACUAUGUGAAGUCCAUCGAAAAUAAUCUUAGACUUUUCCUUCGGAUUGAGACUCAGAAAGCGAAAGAAAUUCCACCACUACCGUUGGAUAGCAGUACUACAAAUGCCAUGGGCAGAGGGAUGCUGGACGAGCUGCAAGUGAGUUGGGAUAGCUACUACUCGCAAACGGAGCCCGAACUAAAGAUUGACCCAGGUAUGUUACUCGGCCCAUUUGAGACGCUAUUGAGUGAUGUGUCCUCUCACCGUGUUGAGAUGCAAAAGUAUCUGUGGGAGUCCUUUGCGAAGGCAAUGGACAGUACCCGUGAUCACCUUUUAAGCCUUGCCAACUUCCUGCCCCUGAUCACCGUAAGUGAUAUUGUCCGUUGUGCUUUUGAUGAAGAAACACUUCGAACACUGGCGCCGAAAUUGAGUGAGAAAUCGAAAGAACUAGUUUCAAAAGGGGUUCUCAAAUACAUGGAAUUGUGUGUACUAGAAGACAAAGUGGAGAGGCUGAUCUGGAUAGCAAGUCGAAGUGGUGAUUUAUCAGACGCUCAGAUGGUUGAUGAGCUUGUGAAUACUCGUCAGUGGCAAUCGACAGAAUUCCCGUACUGGUUGGCGUUUGAAGUGGAGGGUAGACUUCAGAUUCGGCAUGAACAAUAUGUGAUUGCUCGGCACCUCAUUGAUCGCCCAGGAACAGUCUGCCAGCUUAACAUGGGGCGAGGUAAGACCCGAGUGAUCUUGCCCAUGCUGUUUCUCUAUUUCACACGGAGCCAUUGCUCACGAGUUGUUCGUGCGCACUUUUUGAGUCCAUUGCUAAGCGAAGCGCGGCAAUUCAUGCACCGAUACUUGUCCGCGACUAGUGCUCGCCUACAAGUUUUCGAACAGCCAUUUCACCGGCAGGUUGACCUGGAUACCCGCAGACUUGAAUUUAUUCGUGACACCCUUGAGGAGUUGAAGCUUUUCGGGGGCAUUCAAAUGGUGGCUCCGGAACAUCGCAUGUCACUUGAGCUAAAACGUUUGGAGCUGGGAAAUGAUGGUCCCAUAGUGGAGUUGCUGGACGAAACCCUUGACAGCGACCAGUUUGUAAAUGUUUUGGACGAGUGUGACGCACUGCUUCAUCACAAGUAUCAUUUGGUGUAUGCGGUGGGCAUUCCCAUCCCACUUGGUAGUGGAGUAGAGCGAUGGAUGGCUGCAGAAGCGCUACUGCGAGUCGUGGCGGAUAAAGCUUCCGGGCCUCGAGUCCGCAAGGUGCUACAAGCCCCACAUGUUUCUUGCGUUUCUCCAGACUACGCCACGCGCUUGGGCUCGUUCGAGGGCACCCGGCUUAACAGCGUCGUGGAGAGCACCGAGCACUUACGAGAUCAACUCAAAGAGGCAUUGGUGUUGGAUCUCAUCGACAGUGCCCCGUGUUUUUUUGAAGUGAUGUGGCUCAACGCCUUUGGUAGCGGUGCUGCUCGUAAACCGCUAGUCAAGGCUAUCACUGAUUCGACCGUGAGUCUACAGGAAGCUCUCGGAUAUCACAUGUCAAAGCUCGCACCAUACACAACUCAGUUGUUAGCAUUGAGAGGACUCGUAGCAUUUGGAGUGUUUGAGCACUGCAUGGAGAAACGCUACCGCGUUGAUUUCGGCCUUCCGGUUUUUGGUACGCGACAGAAGAAAAUUGCGAUUCCUUUCCGUGCCGCGGAUGUUCCUUCGGAGCGGUCCGAGUUUAGCCACCCUGAUGUGUGCAUCGUGCUCACCCUACUGGGAUACUAUCACAGUGGUCUAACAAAUGAGGAGGUUCGAAGCACUUUUCGAAUGCUGUUGCGCUUGGAUAUCUCGGAGCAGAACCAACAAUAUGAUCGAUGGUUUGCUACUGUGGAGCCUGGUUUGAACGAUGAUGACCGGACAGCUCUAUCGGAUGUCCGCCAUGUAAGCCUCGCCGAUGCUCGACAGUUCGAGACGUUGUGUAGAGUUUACAAGUUCUGCAUCGAGGCAAUCAACUUCUACCUCAACACAUGCGUAUUUCCGAACGAUACUCAGCAGUAUCCGCAAAGGUUGUCACGAACGGCAUGGAACGUCGCAGCAGGAGAAAAUAACAUCGGAUUCUCAGGUACGAACGACAAUCACCGUUUGCUCCCACUUUCAGUGGCGCAACAGGAACCGAAUGAGCCUUCCUUGCUGGGCACAAAUGGAAAGAUGAUUGACAAGAUUCUACAGGUGACUCACAGCUACGAAGUGAUAACUACCAAUCCAAACCGUGCUGUAAUCCCGUGGCAGAGUGUCCUUCGGUUUGCACUGGACAAGAAAGCGCAGGCUCUUAUUGAUACAGGUGCGCUCCUUGCCGGAGUGAGCAAUAACGGAGCAGCCGAUUUUCUUCUCGGACAACCUGACUUUGACUUUGCUGGUGUGACGUACUUUGAUAGUCGUGAAGAGUCCAACUGCUGGAUGAUUUCCGAGAAAGCUCGACAGAUCAAGGUGCCUUUGAAAAAAGCGUCGAUGCUCGAGAAAGAGACGUUUGUGAUAUUUGACGAAGCUCGCUCGCGAGGAUCGGACAUGAAGUUACUACCGGAUGCCGCUGCCGUACUGACGCUUGGACCGAAACUUACCAAAGACAAACUAAUGCAAGGCGCGGGACGAAUGCGGCAGCUGGGAUGCAACCAAACGCUUUGGAUUGCAAGUUUUGAUGAGGUUGCGCAGAACAUACUUCAGACCAGUGGCCAACGAGACCUCGCGCGUGUUUCUGCAAUUGAUGUGCUGAAUUGGGUCAUGGAUAACACGAAAGCGGAGGCAGUGCGCGGAUUGCUCGAGUGGGCAGGCAAUGGUAUACAUUUCCGAGAGACCCAGCUAAACCAAGACAAAGAGUUGGUUAACGAGAACUGGUCUUUGGAGACGCUGUAUCAAGAGAAGGUUUAUGCAGACAAAAUCGCUCAAGUGAUUAAGUCGAAGGCAUCGUUCUAUUUUGAAGACUCUGCGGAUGCUUUGGUUGAUAAAAUCUGCCGCAAAGGAUUUGUAUACGGUGUUGACAAUGAAGUGUGUUGUACCUCGCACACUGAUGAAUGCGAGCGAGAGCUGCAGGUGGAGGAAGAGGUGCAACAGGAGCAAGAAGUAGAAGUCUUAACGUGUUUGCCCAGAAAGGAGAAGGUGUGGAGGUACGCGAAUAUCCUACGUGCCAAGACAAUCGAAGACCUCAAUGGUGAUGUGCAAGUGUUGGAACUAACGGAGUUUAUACGCCAGUCGAUCUCUCCGAAAGAGCUGGCAAGUCUGGCGUGGACUAACGCGCAAAUCUUUGGUACUGAGAAUUUCUUCAGUACAAUUGAGGCUCGGACAGACUCGAGCCGUAUGAAUGCGUUUCUGCGUGUGAUUGAUGUUGUGUUGGUGUUUAAGAAUGACCAGAUUCUGCUGGUAUCGGAGUGUGAAGCUGAUCAUAUACUGGAGCUGCUUUGGUCGACGGGGGGCAGACCAACAGCGUGCAGCUUUAGUUUUAUGAAUCUGGCGUUCGCAUUUGAAAGCCUUGCUCGUGAUGGUAAAGACACCAAGUUCCAAGACACCCAUCUGACACUUGGAUACGGACUUGAUCGAAAGCUGCCGAUACUGUCGACUGUUGCAUGUCACGUCUAUAAUGGUGAAACAAUGUUGGCAAAGAGCAAACAAAUGGAUAUGAAGCCUGCGUUCCGUGAUUUCCUCCGUCCUCUGGCUCAGCGUGAAGUUGUUUUAAGUAACUUUGUAAACUCACGCGGUAAGAGCCACAAAUGGAUGCGUUCGUUUUUGCAUGAACUCUGCUGCCACAUGGAUCUCAACGACUGGGUACCUGAUGGAUGA